AUGGCGGGAGGCGCGUGGGUUUGUGAGCGACCAGGACCUCUGACGUCAUCGAGAUGCGACAUAGAUGCUCGGAUCGAAGCAACACAUUUUGAACCAAAACAAAAGUGGAUUUUAAAGAGGAAAAACGCCCUUUAAAUGUGUUGAUGCGACGUUCUAAAGAAUGGCCACCGCAAGCAAAACCCCACCUGGUGCCGACCCGAAGCAGCUGGAGCGGACCGGCACGGUUCGAGAGAUCGGCUCCCAGGCCGUGUGGUCGCUGUCUUCCUGCAAACCAGGGUUCGGCGUGGAUCAGCUGAGGGACGACAACCUGGAGACGUACUGGCAGUCGGACGGCUCACAGCCUCACCUGGUCAACAUACAGUUCAGGAGGAGGACCACCGUGAAGAUGCUUUGCAUCUACGCCGACUACAAAUCGGACGAGAGCUACACCCCCAGUAAGAUCUCCGUCCGAGUGGGCAACAACUUUCACAACCUGCAGGAGAUCCGGCAGCUGGAGAUGGUGGAACCGAGCGGCUGGAUCCACAUCUCUCUGCUCAACCAGCGGACCAACGAGCCCAUCAGCACCUUCAUGAUCCAGAUCGCGGUUCUGGCCAACCACCAGAACGGCCGGGACACACACAUGCGGCAGAUCAAGGUCUACACGCCGGUGGAGGAGAGCUCCAUCGGCAAGUUCCCACGAUGCACCACGGUGGACUUCAUGAUGUACCGCACCAUCAGGUGAUCCCGGGAGGUGCUGGACCCGGAGCGGCGCCGGCCGGGACGGUUCUGAAGAACCUUCGUGCCAAACUUAGAGGAUGAAGAGGGAAGAGCCUGCAGGCCCAGAGCGGGACGUUUCCCACCAACAAACAUUUUCUAGACAAAAUAUUCAACUUUAUGUGGAAACAGCUGCAGUCUGAACACUUGACAUGUGGAAUUCUCCUUUUUUAAUGUAAAUAAAACCUUUUCACAAAUUCA